GUGGAGGCGGACGAGUCGUAGAAGGAGCAAAUCAAAAUGGCGAGCCAAGAGGAGUCUGUGGAGUCUGUGAGGGAAUUCGUCGCAGUUACUGAUGUGGACGAGGAGAGGGCUCGGUUUUUCCUGGAGUCCGCCGGCUGGAAUCUGCAGCUUGCGCUUGCCAGUUUCUUUGAGGAUGGGGCUGAUGACGACAUUGUGACGCUUCCCCAACCUGAAGGGGGCUCCUCGGUGUCCCGCUCUGCUGGGCCAAGCGCCCAGCCCAGAGUGACCUCCUUCAGAGAUCUGAUGCAUGAGGCAGAGGAGGAGAGUGAUGAGGAGGAAGGCCAAAGGUUUUUUGCCGGGGGAUCAGAGCGCAGUGGGCAGCAGAUUGUCGGGCCUCCCAAGAAGAAGAGUUCCAAUGAAGUGGUGGAGGACUUGUUCAAGGGGGCCAGAGAACACGGGGCUGUGCCUCUUGACAAGACCGGUAAAGGGCCAGGAGAGCCUGGCAAAGCCAAGGCCUUUCUUGGUGGAGGCUACAGGCUAGGCGCAGCUCCUGAGGAAGAGUCAGCCUAUGUGGCUGGAGAGAGACGAGCCUCCAACAGCCAACAGGAUGUACAUGUGGUGUUGAAGCUGUGGAAGACGGGCUUCAGUCUGGAUAAUGGUGAACUCAGAAACUACAGUGAUCCAGGCAAUGCCAACUUCCUUGAGGCAAUCAGAAGGGGGGAGAUUCCCCUGGAGUUGAGGCAGCGGUCUCGAGGGGGUCAGGUCAACCUCGACAUGGAGGAUCAUAGGGACGAAGACUUCUCUAAACCCAAGGUGGCCUUCAGGGCCUUUGGGGGAGAGGGACAGAAGUUGGGAAGUGCCACCCCAGAUUUGACCACACCCCCAACCACCUCCCAGCAAGACCAGUCUGCUACUGAGGCCCAGGCCAGCACCUCUGUAAACCUUGACUCCUCCCAGCCCGUCACCAACAUUCAGAUCCGACUGGCUGAUGGCGGCAAGCUUGUCCAAAGGUUUAACCAUACCCACAGGGUGUCUGACCUGCGUCAGUUUGUGGUUGCAGCUCGGCCCACCAUGGCUGCCAGAGAGUUUGUUCUCAUGACAACCUUCCCCAACAGGGAGCUGUCGGACGAGAGCCAGACGCUGCAGCAGGCCAACCUCCUCAAUGCUGUCAUCGUCCAGCGACUAAAGUGAAGCAGGGUUAGAGCAAUCCCCCCCCGGUGGUGUAGCUGAGUAACUUCAGCCCGGUGAAACCUGCUGCCCCUUCUGAGGGAGGAGAAAACACAGACUUAUGUAUGGACUUCUGAUUUCUGAUUUAUUGUUUUUCUAAAGUGAAAAAAAUAACAUUCUGUUCCCCAGACACCCACCUUUCCCCUCCCCUCUCUGUGGUCUGUGACAGGCAGUAAAGACGGGGAAACUAAAAAUCUAAAAAUGGAAAAGAGUUUAUUUAAGAGCUGUAGAAAAGCCUACGGACAUGCUCGUCUUGUGGUUUUGAUUGGGAUGUGUACCUGACAGAAUUAGAUGGUUGAAUCCCAAUAAAAACAUGGCAGCAGUCCAGCUUUCUGAAGACAAGUCAAGCUGCAGAGAUGUUAACUAAACCUGGCUCCUUUUUCCAUUUAACUGCGAUCCACUUCCCUUCUUUAUCAGCUUUCCUUUGGCCCCUUCACUUAUGUUUACUAUCAGGUUCCGGGGCCACAAAGAAUUGAUGCAGCGGCAGUCUCCCAGUUUGUUUCCGUCUCAACAGCACAAACCAGAACCAAGUAAAGAUUAUUAGUUUUAUUAAGGUAAAAGUACAUGUGCACAGUGAUGUUUUGUACUAGUUCCAUUUCUCUCCACAUAUAAUCUUUAUGGAGAGAGAAGUGUUAUGAUGUUACAAAACACUAAGGGUUUUCCUUCUCCAAACCAACCGAUACCAGUAGCCUUACGCUCCUCUUCUCACAUUCAGCGCUACACCUCUCCCUUUUGUUUAAAUAAAGAUGGAAUUAUUUUUUUAAACUGCCUUUUUUUUCCUUUCUUAUUUCCUUUACAGAUUGUUGAAUUGUCCCAGUUACACAGUUGCAUUUUGAUAUUGUGUAAAAUGAAGAAAAAAACAGUUACACAUGGCUUUAUUAUUGAACCAAUGGUUGAGCAGAAGAACAUAUAGAUUGUAAACACUGGUUUGUAGUAGUGGAAGUGGAUACCAUUGACACACUGACAUCUUCUAUGCAUCCUGGGACAACACAGAAAUAUGUUUGGACCUCUGGUAAAAUAAAUCCAUUUUAUGGUUGAUGUAAGAA